AUGGUCGCGCCAACAGCAUCCACGUCGUGCCUCAUACGGCAACUCGGAGGUCUCCUUCUCUCUUCCGCGUCCUCCUCUUCUCGUAUUGCCUCCGCUGCCCGCAUUGCCAACCCAUCUGCAUCAUCACUUCUCAGCGUGCGCCACUCUCACGUCGGAAGCGCGCCGCUCGACCUGCCUACUUCGGCCAGCAUCGAGGUCUUGCCGUUCCCUCCGCACCCGAACCCAUCACGACCGCUGCUCCCCUCACUCCGCCAUGCGCGCUCCGUGCUCGUCAGGGGCCCCAAGGGCGAGGUCAUCGUCCCACUCCACGAGUGCAUUGUUCUCAAUUCCGUAGGCGAGCAUAUCACGCUCAGCAUUAAGGACGAUUCGCAGAAGAAGCAGCGCGGAAUGUGGGGAUUGACACGCUCUCUGCUCGCCAACGCUCUCGAGGGUGUGUCGGAGGGACACACGGUUUCGCUCAAGAUGGUUGGUGUCGGGUAUCGUGCGAGCAUCGAAGCUGACCCGUUGCCGCGUCGGUCGAAGUUGGAUGUCGCUCUGGCUGGGAGCAAGUCGUUCUUUUUGUCGGAGGCUGCGAAGCAGGCCGAGAUCGAACGUGCCGCGAGAGCGCAACAGGCGGCGGAGAAGCUGGGCCCCAACAUGCGUCUACACAUCCGUCUCGGCUACUCGCAUCCCGUCCUGCUACCUGUCCCGCACGGCAUCCAGGUCCAAGUCCCGCAACCCAACAGAAUCGUCCUCAAGGGUGCCGACAAGGAACAGCUCGGCCUGUUUGCAAGCCAGAUCCGCAGCUGGAGGAAACCCGAACCGUACAAGGGCAAAGGCAUCUUUGUCAACGACGAGACCAUCAGGUUGAAGACUGCCAAGAAGAAGUAG